GCCCGCACCGGUGUUAAUUUGAUGGCCAUGGUGGUUUAGAAUUUCACAGCGCCUCAGUUCAAGAUGAAUUUCCUCUACAGAUUGGGAAUAUUCCUUAAUAUUCUGUGGAUACAAGCUUUCUUUGUGCCUGGAUUACAGUGUAAUCUAUCAGAGGAAGAUGUUUUGUUCUUGAAGGAUGAGCCUAAUCCAAAGUGUUUCUCUCGGACAACAUAUGAUUUCACCUGCUUCUUCGAGACUGCAGACAACAGGACUUAUAAUUUGUUCUACUCUAUAGACUUUCCAGCGCAGAGGUGUGAAUUAUCCGUCCAGAGAACAGAGAAGGGAACUUUGCUGCACAUCUGCUCUUUUCCUGAAGUUAUGUGGUUUGUUGACUACAUCCUUACAGUCACUGAAUCCUUUACGAACGCCACCAUCUACACUCGGACUCUCGAAAUGAGCGAUCACGUUCUUUUAGAUCCACCAGUUAAUCUGUCUUUACACCCAAAUGGCCAAGUGGGACAGCUGAAUCCUUCAUGGACUUCAAACAUAAAAGACGUACUAGUGAAGUACAGGAUUGAGUACUCCUCUGAGGUCCUUUACAAGGAGAAAGAGGACAACACACUGGAUUCUCUGAAAGAAGGCGAGGAGGUUAAAGUGCAAGUUGCUAUUAAACCUGAAAUACCUUUUGAUGGCCCUUGGAGCAGGUGGUCAGAUCCUGCGCGAGCUGUGGUCCCCCAAAGUGCAGAUGACACGGCACUUUUAUGCUUCACCUCUGAUCUGAAAAAUGUCACCUGUCACUGGAAUUCGAGCAAAUAUGAUAAAAACAACUUUGGACUUUUUUACCAAAUCCUUCACAGCAAGACCUCGAGGUGGACGAGUUGGACUGAAUGUGUGGCUGAUGAGAAAAUCACUGACCUGUGUUGUUUCCAUGGAGGAGAGUCCAGAGAAGUCAGGGUCAAGCUCACAAACAUCUCAGGUCCAAAAAGGAGGACUUUCUACACUGGAGCAUUUACACUCAACAACUCCAUCAAAACAUCCCCACCAACUCAUCUGAAAAGAAUCCUCAAGAAAGAUAAGUUGUGCUUGAAAUGGGACGCUCCUCUUCCGUCACUGUCGAAUUACCUACAGUAUGAAUUUGACCACCAGCUGAAAGAAUAUGAAGGAUGGAAGUAUUUCCGUCCAGAGAUGGUAAAGGGCCCUAAGACAGAAGCAUGUGUUGAGGUUCCAGCAGGCAGCCAGUACAGAGUCAGGGUCAGAGCUAAACCCGCUGGGCAAAUUUACUCUGGCUUCUGGAGUGAUUGGUCCAAUGUGUUCGCUGGUGAAAACCCCAGUGACUCCCUCAGUUACACAGGCAUGUUGCUCAUCGUGUGUAUCCCAAUGUUUAUACUGAUAACAGCCACCAUCAGCACCGCCGUGUGUGCCCUGCACAUCAGGAAGGUCAAGCAGUAUUUUUGGCCACCAAUUCCAAACCCUGAGAAAGUCUUGCAAGGCUAUCUGACAGAGAUCAACACGCAGAAAAGGGAUCAUCCUGUUCUAGAAAAGCUGUGCUCCGAGGAAACCACUACAUCUGUAGUGGAGAUCAUGUCUGAAGAAGAGGUUUCCGAGUUUAGGAAGCCGUCAGAAGAAUUCACUGAGCUCCUGUCAUCAGAAGGGAGCUUCACCAGUAGCGAACUGGUAGAUGGAAGCCCGGGGACAGAAAUCUUUCCAGACUACGUGACUCUCAACAAAGACAGUAUCUUUCUCUGCUCACAAGCAAACACUUACAUAUAUGAGCAUGUGACAGAGAAAGGAGACCAUGAGAUAGGAGAUGAGUACCUUCCCACGUGUUCCUGCUCUGAUGGCUCCGUCUGCUUCUCACCUUGCUUAUGCAGUGACCUUCUUAACCAUUCAUAUUUGCCUCUGGCUGAGCCUGCAGAAAAAUUCAGCUGCAAGGUCACUGCUGCAAGGAGUCCCGGAAACAUCUAUACUAACUUUCCAUAAGAAGAACAAAAAGUGUAGCAAGUGUUUGUGGGUUUUUUUGUGUUUUCAUCAGUGCAAAUCUUCUGUACAGUAAUCUCUGCACUUUGUACUGUUUGGCUGUAAAAAAGGCUACAAAAUGAAAACAGAGCUCAGCUAUGAAUUAUUUGAGCAUUAACACAUCGUUUGGCCCAAGUAAAGAAGCGAUUCCACAAAAAAAGUCAUCAUCAACGGUCAGCCCUGCAGCCCUGUCUUUUAGGAUCAGACAGUAUCAGAUUUGGAGUUUAAGUUUCUGGUUGGCAGGAUUCUACAGCAACUUUCAUCUUACUUUCCAUCUUCAAAUUGUAUAUUGUAUGCAGGGCUGUCUCUAUCUUGUGUGAGACAAAAUGGUGAGACUAUGAGUUUGUGACUGCGUUCAGUGGUGUGACCAAUUAAGAAUCAUUUCUGAGUCUUGUGCUAUACUCAGCCAUAUGCUCACAGGAUCCCUCUGCGACACGUUCCGGCUCAUUCACACUGCCGCUGUUUAUGGAGCAGAGAGUCUUCCGCAGCUGCUUAUUUCAUAUAAUUUAAAGUUGUUAUGUUAACAUUUCUUUUGGGGGAGUUUUACACUAUUGUGAUACAAUUUUGUACAUCACAGUAAUGGAAUGCAAUGGAGUUUGCUUUGGACCUUGGUGUAGAAGAUGUACAUUCUUUCUGUAUGCUGUAUAAAGCAAAUUUCCCCUUAAAUGUUACAUUGUUGCUAAGUGAAGAUGACACCCGAGUGUUUUUUUCCCCCCUUCGCUGUCCUACCAAUGUUGUAUAGUGAUUGUACGUGUUACUUUUUAGACAUUUUUGCAACUUCCUUUCUUUUUUCUUUUUUAAAGAAAGUACAAUAAUAACUGAAAAAAGUGUUAAUUAUGCAUUACAAUGUUGUUUUCAUGUUUUGCAGUUC